CAUUUUCCGAUUAUAAUGGUGGAUUUAAAAAGUGGGCAGUCUCUCCAUAAACCAGCUGUGGUAAAUCUUUCUACACUACUACUGGCUUCACACUUCCGUCUCCACAUAGCAACGGAAAGCACAUCAGAGAAACAGCAACGGAGGAAACAGAGCGGAGGAGCUAUGGCUGAAGUAGAAGACACACUGAAGAGAAUCCAGACCCACAAAGGGGUCAUAGGGACAAUAGUAGUAAAUGCUGAAGGUAUUCCCAUUAGAACAACCCUGGACAAUUCCACCACAGUACAGUACGCUGGACUGCUUCAUCAGCUUACUAUGAAAGCCAGGAGCACAGUCAGGGACAUAGACCCUCAGAAUGACUUGACAUUCCUACGCAUCAGAUCCAAGAAGCAUGAGAUCAUGGUUGCACCUGAUAAAGAAUACCUACUGAUCGUCAUUCAGAACCCGAGUGAAUAGUAUUCUGGGACUGUACCAGCUUUGCACAUUCCAUACAUACCUUACAUUUGUCAUCUGUCUUUUGAGUUGCCUUUUUUCCAUGUCUUUUGCCUCUUGAAUUGAACUGUCACGUUCCUGUCAGUCACACACUUGUAUUUGCCUUAUGUUUUCCUAUAGAAAAUGCAUUUUAAUUUAAUAAAUCUCAUGAGAAUUAA